AUAUUCUCAUCCCCACGGCCACUGAACUGCAGUUUGUUUAUCAACAUUGUUUUAUGCUAGGGAAGAACAGAAUUAUUUGUUUCAACAAAUAAAACAUUUGGCUUACUUGCAAAGAGAAAGUGAUAAAACACAGUUCUGCUGAGUUCUGCUAACAGAGCUAAUAAUGGCGGACUACUGGAAGUCGAACGAGCGCAAAUAUUGCGAUUUUUGCAAGUGCUGGAUAGCCGAUAAUAAAUCCAGCGUCCAGUUCCACGAAAAUGGCAAGCGACAUCAGCUGAACGUGCAGAAACGCAUUUCUGACAUCAGCCGCAACAGUUAUAAAGCUCAGCAGGAGCAAAACAAGAUAGAUGCGGAGCUGAAGAAGAUGAAUGAUGCGGCCAUGAAAGCGUACAUGCUUGAUAUUAGUUCGGGGGCUGACAUAAGCUCGCGAGAGCUGGCCGAACAGCAAAAACUGGAACAAUUAAGUGAGCAAGUGCCGGAUCAAAUCGGACCCUAUGCUGGCCCGUCGGCAAACGGUUCCGGCCCAUCUGAUAGCAGGCGACCGAGGCCGAAAAAGGGUCGCGAAGCGGACCCAUUGUACAUGCCCGGUUUGGACAGUGACGAAGAUCCAGAAUCCUCCAGAGCAAAGGUGAUGGCAAAGAAACGGCGCCUGGAGGAGGUUGCCGCCAAGCCCGACAAUGGUUCGAUGUGGGUUGAGGCGGAAAAUGACGAAGGAUUUCCCUACUACUGGAACGUGAAAACCGGAGAAUCCGUCUGGGAACCACCGAAAGAAGGCUACAUGAAAAAGGACGAGUAUGAAAGCUUGUCGAAAAUCGCUUGGCAAAAGCAGAAGGACAAUGCAGCCAAUGAGGCACGAUACGAGCUGGAAAAUGCGGACGAAAUUGCAGCCCGGUUACGGCGCGAAAAUAUGGCUCAGAUUUUCAAGCACAACAGAAAGAUUAAAGAAGAAAUUGAGAAAAAGGUUGACCAUGGGCGAGAGGCUGCUGCGACCGCCGAAAUUGAACGAUCGAAAAAUCCGUACGGCAAAUGGGAAUCGGUCGAAGUCAAGCGAGAACAACCGGUCGAUUUACAGCUACCGGUCGCACCAGCUCCUUUGUACGUUCCAAGCGCACCGCCGGAGAAGACGGAACCCAAAUUCAAAGAAAAGGUUAUCGACCACGUACCACCAGAGGCGAAAGCGACCACAAGCGACACAUUCGUGAAGAAGCGAAAAAUACAACGCAACUGCCGGCAACGUUUAGACGUAGACUAAGCUGGUGAUUCUUGGUAUUGUGCGAAUACAACCAUAAUGCUCUCAUUCACACACACACUCGGAUGUCCUUUUUCUUUGCUUGCUGCUCGCUCGCAGCCAGAUCAAACUGCACACACAGUUACAAAAUUCGGACUCUCAGUUCGAACUGCGUGCCGCCAUUUUUCAGUUACACAUUUGACGUGAGUGGAUGCAGUAGGCCGUGCUUAACGGAUCGAAAGAUACGAGUUUUGUUCUGAAUAGUCUAGAAAUUUCAUCGUGUGGUGAUGAAACGAAACCAUAAUCGCUCCACGAAGACGUCUCCAACACCAACAAUGCAGAACACUCGAAAAGAGCCCAUCUUUACGGAGGAAGACCGUGAGGCGGAAGCGCAACGUUUGGCCGCUUGCAUUUGCGCUCGAAAGAAUGCAACGAUUCAGUGCCUAAGCUGUGGCAAUCUGAGUUUCGGCAGAUUGUACCGUACCUGUCCAACACAUCCCAAAGUCGUUUUUCUUUACGACAUUCGAAUCUGUUCGAUUUGUAUGACAACGUCAAAGGAUCUGGAGGAGCUUCCAAUCGACUACGAGACGUUCAAGAAGCUGUCGCGAGUGGUGGUUCGGCCGCGUUCAUCGGCCUAAAACUAAUGAUCCUGGUGUAUGUAGUAGUACUCAUCCUACAAUCGAAUUUGUAACGACAUCGGCAUAACCAGACAGUAAUAAAACUGGUUUUAUUUGCUUGAUCUGUGGCAAUGCUCGAUUAAAUAAACUAUAUAGUAGUAGUGCUGCGCUACUGAUUUGA